AUGUGGAAUGCCUUAAUAUAUAAGCAAUAAAAGCCCAAAAACCAGUCUUUUGUGCCACUAAAACCAUUUUAUAUGGGCAAAACAACGGUGCUGUAAUGACAACAGAAAUGUAAUCCACCCCCAACAAGACUGAGCACCAUCAAUAGACCUUGAUUUGAUGGAGUUCUCAGGUUCAGUAAUCCAAAUAGACUGACGAAUGACAUCAAUUCUUUGCUCCCCAACAGCAUAGAACAUAAAACUUAUAAAUGGGGAACACUAUACAAUUAUAUAAACUAAAGUAUUUGCAAAUGCCAAGGGAACUAAGGUGUUUAAUUUACAAACUAAAACAAAUCAUAUGCAAUUUCAAAGCACAGCUGCCGAAUAAAACUCUAAAACUUGCAUGAGAGAGCAUUUCAUCUACAGUUCUUUUCAUGAAAAUAUGAGUCCUGAGAAUUCCUAAUCUUUUAUUCCCCUGUCUUGGCAAGUGAUUAAAGUUUCUUGUUGAGGGCUUUAGUUCUUAUAUUAAAAGGCCCUGUCAUAAGAAGGCCUCUCAAAACUCCGAAACUGAGAUGGAAAAUUAAUUACGAAUUAAGAACGAAUGCGAAAUGCCGAUCAAGGGCUUUGACGGCGCGGCAUGCAAAAUCUGACACGAAGACAGCAGGUGUCAGUCUUCUGGAGCCUGCGAUUCCCUCGAGGCUACCCCUUCCAAUUUAUAAACCCACUUCUCACUCCCCAGCCAUUCUCACCCAACCUGAAUUUCUCGUUUGUAAUCUCUCCCCCACUUUCUUUCUAGCGUCAAGAAUGGCUACGAAUGAACAUCCCCCUACCUUUGAAGUGAAUUCAGCCGGAAUUCAGAACUGGCCUGGGUCUGAAAAUGGACCUGCUGCUCUUGGGAGGACUAACCGACGUCAACGGAGAUGUGGACGGGAAAGGAGGAUCCGAAUAGCAGCAGACUGCGCCAACCGGGUCUUCCGCCUGACCAGGGAGCUCGGAUACAGUACGGCUGGAGACACCAUAGAGUGGCUGCUCCGGCAGGCCGAGCCAGACAUAAUCGCUGCUACCGGGACAGGAACUGUCUAUGCGAAUGCGAUGGAGAGCACCAACACCCCCCACUUGAUGCGCUACGAGUACCCGACCACCGUCCCCGGGGCAUGCGGCGCACUGUCUUGCUACCCGAUCUCGAUCAUGGCACCGAUGUCAUUCUCCGCCGGGACGGAAGCUUAUUCCCUCGCUUCUGGUUAUAUCUAUCCGGGCAGCAGCUACCAGCAGUAGAGCUGCUCAACUCGAUUUGGAUUUGCUGUCGAUGAGUAAAAAAAGAGCGAGACGGACGGCAUCAAAAAUGAAAAAAUUCUUCUUGGGUGAAAAGUAAAAUUGUAUGAAAUUGGGUUGAU